GUUGAAUAGCUUGUCCCGGCAUCACUAGUUUAUUAUUUUAAUGAUUCUAUAUUGUUUUUGUUAUUGUUUUUAUUAAAAUUAUCAACUAAAUUAUAUUUUAUAUUUGUAUUGAAAUGAAUCGUUUUGAUAAAGAAUUUAUUACAGAAUUGUUUAUGGAUAGUGAUAGCGUUUUUACAGUAAAUAGAUUGGUUUUAGCUGUAGCCAAUGUUAUAAAUGACAAUAAUGAUAACAUUACUAACUUCAAUGAAGAGCUAAAUGAAGAAUUCCAAGUUUUAAAAACUAUUUCAACAACAGAUAUCAAUGCAACGUCUGUUGCUAAAGGGGUCAAUAGUUAUUAUGAGAAUACCAUAAAAAAAUUUGAUGAUUAUGAGUAUAUGAAUAAGUUUAAAAUGAAGAAAGCUACAGUUCAAGCAUUGGUACAUUUUUUAGCUGAACAUGUGAUAUGCGAUGGAACAGUUAUUGUGCCUCUAGAAAAAAAGGUGCAUAUAUUUUUAUGGCUUAUGACUAAUGAUACAUCAUAUCAAGAUACUGGAUUAUUGUUUGGGCUACACAAGUCAUCAGUUAGCUAUAUAUUUCAAGAGAUAGCCUCAGCGCUUAGUGAUCAGAGAUAUAAUUUUAUUAAUUGGCCAACUAUUGAAGAGCAGCAUAUAACAAGGUUAAAGGUAUAUAGUAGAUUUAAAUUUCCAAAUUGUGUUGGUUUCCUUGACGCUUGUCGUUUUAAAGUUGGUUCUAGAAGGAAAAAAAAUAAUGUACUAGAUACUGUCCUUAUGCAGGCUGUCUGUGAUGAAUCUCUAAUGUUUAUAGAUAUACAUAUAGGUAGUGUAGGAAAAACAAAGAAAAGUAAAGUGUUUCGGGAAAGUCAACUAUCUCAAGAAUUGAAAAACUUUAUUCAUUUUGACAAUCAUAUACUAGGGGAUUCUGAGUAUAAAUUAAAAAAGAAUUUGAUAACUCCUUUUUCAAGUGAGGAGUUGUUGACUAGUGAGGAAAUGAAAUUCAAUGAGGUGCAUUGGAAGGCUCGUAGUUAUAUUGGACAUGCAUUUGAACUGCUGAAAGAGAGAUUUCGGAGGCUUAAUCAUAUUGAUGUCUGCAAACCAGAAUUUGUUGCUACUCUGAUAUAUUCAGCUUGUGUACUUCAUAAUUUUUUAUUACUUCAUGAAGGAUACCCAGAAAUGAAAGAAGAGGCUGUUGUAUGUGAUGAAGGUGUUACUAUUGAUAGUAAUAUAAUUAAAACUGCUAUUGAAAAACGCCAGUUUUUAUGUAACUACAUUAAUUAUAUGAAUAUGGACAAUAUUUAAAAAUUCUUUUAUGGACCUAUUUAAUAUUAUUUUUAUCAACAUCCAGAAAUGAGUUUUGUCUUGUUUCUUCCACAAAAAAAAAUCAUGUUUGAGGAUCAGAUAGUGAGAUUAUGUUUAUUAGGACUGAGGGAAAUUUUAAGAAAUUUCUUGUAUCCAUACAUACAGCCUAAACCUCUGAAAUUGUCAUAUUCAUGUUUGGAUCAAUAAAAAGUAAUUGUCA